AUGGCCUUUCUAAUGAAAAGUAUGUUGAGCAACCAGGUAAAGAAUUUGGGACUUGGAGGUGGAGGGGAAGAAAGCAAAGAAGAAAGCACUCCUUCUGAUCCAGCAGCAGCUGCAGGAAUGACCAGAGAGGAGUAUGAGGAAUAUCAAAAGCAAGUCGUUGAAGAGAAGAUGGAAAGAGAUGCAGCGUUUGCACAGAAAAAAGCAGAGCGAGCUUGUCUGAGGGUUCACCUGAGAGAAAAGUACAGACUCCCCAAGAGUGAAUUGGAUGAGAAUCAAAUACAGAUGGCUGGAGAUGAUGUGGGUUUGCCAGAGGACCUUCAGAAGAUGGUGGCAGAAGAUCAGGUGGAGGAAGAGGAAAAGGACUCUAUCCUGGGACAGCUGCAGAACAUCCAGAAUAUGGACAUGGAUGCGAUCAAAGAAAAGGCACAAGCCACCUUCACCGAAAUGAAGCAGGCUGCUGAGCAGAAAUGUUCUGUGAUGUAA